ACAGAUGAUCUUAACUUAAUCGGCGAAAUCAUUACACUGAAAAUCUACAAGCCAGCAUCUGUGAGUAUUUUCUGUUGUAUCAUUUGUUGGUAUAUUUCUGCAUCAGAUCCAUCACUACCAGUCAGCACCUAUGAGUAUUUUCUGUUGUAGCAUUCUUUUGUGUUUGCUCACAGAGGCAUGGCGAGACAUGCAAGACAUUACGGUGAUUCCCAAAACCCGAAUGCUGUCUUCGACCGCCUCUAUUCUGUGUUGUUGCUGAACACAGAUGACUUAGAGCGUGAAAGGAACGUGGAUGACUUAACGACACACCUCUUUACCUCAACCCAAGUCACGGUGCAAGUGAAUUGGCCGCCCAUUACAGUGCACCCGACUUUCAUCAACAGCGAAGUCCUGUGGCGAUGGGCAGCGACGAAGUGGUUUUGGGGUGAGCACGCUUGUAGCCGUAGGUGGCACACCUGCCUGUAUGCAGACGGAGCCAUCAUGUCACUCGUCAAGGACACGGAGCGGCAGUCAUGUCUGGCAGCCUCUCCAUCUCCGAGUAGAACACGGGCGCUGGCAGACAUCGGAGCUAUUUGCGAGAGAGACCCGGCGGAGAGCGUGAGCUCUGCGAUAGAUGCCCGGGAUCUCCUUCAGGGUAAGCCGAGGACGUGAGACGUACCUCUAGACUUAUAUUGAAUUUUCAGUCAUGAUUUGACUGAUUCGCAACAACUUGGCCGAACUCCCCAAAAGUGAUUGAUAGGGAAAUGACUAUAAAUCUCUUCCUUUAUCAUCUGGAAGUAAACAUUCUGACCAUGAUCAGCUGCAAAAAAACAAAAUAAAAAAAACAAAACAAACAAACAACAAAACAACAGCAACAACAACUUCUUAAAUGAAGUAAAGAAGAAAUUAUCGUAUUAAGCUGUCGAUCCAUCGUGGAUCAAGGAAUCUGCUAAGUUCUGCUACGUUGACACACUGACCAAAACUUUAAAAAAAUAAAUCAUUCCCUAAAUAAAGACCUGUUAUAAAUUUACGUAAAUUAUCCCGUACCAGCGUAAUUCUUAAUUUAAGUUUGAGGAAAUAGCUUAUUUAAAUUUAUUUUUUUUUAGCAUGGAUUUAACAACAUUGUCUCUGAUUUAUGGUCUUGAUCUUUUUUUUCCUCCUCACAGUUGAAAAUGGGAAAAUUCCUAGCAUUAUAAGCUUUGAUCAUCCUCAGUGUAUUGAUAGCACGGUGUUAGCAAUUUCCUGGUAAAUUUAUUUGAUAUAAGCAGCACUUUUCUAAUAUAUGUGCAUUUCACGACAAAUCUACACGCUACAUUCACUUAAAAUUGUUAAAUCACUUUUUGUUUUAGUUUGAUUGUACGUUUGUCUAUUUCUAUUUCCAGUUUUAUAUAUCAUCUAUACCUUUUAAGCCAAAAUCUCCGUAACCAUUUUGUGAAAUAUUUGAAAAUAUCAUCGUUUGUGAUCUUUGAGCCAGGUCAAAACCAACAAGUUCCUUCAAGGUCGCGACUUAAUAAGACAAUGAAACCAUGGUCGUCAUGCGUAAGUCGGGUUCAACGGAGCGUGUAUAGAACAUACCUUAGCAAGAAACUCAAGAUAGCCCACAAUGAAUUAUUACUCGUGGCCACUUGCAUCAAUAUUACGUUGCUAAGAUUAGUCAACUCGAUGCAGUCUUGUAUCACGUUGCACAAAGAUAGGCUGGUCCUUAGAGUAUGCUUGAACGUGGCUCAUUCAUCCAUGAGAUUACCGAAAGCACGAGUUGAUCUCGUUGUAAAACAGAACCAAAAAAACAAGCAUUCUAGAAAAAUGUUUUCCCCGUGUGAAGAAAGAAUACUCUUAAAAAAAUGUAACGUUAUUUUUAUCUCUUUAUUUUACUGUUUCAGGACCCUAUGCCAUCAUCGGUAAAGUAAAGCGUUGUAAAAAAAAAAUGUGACAAUUUGAAAUGUUUCGAAAAAGGACUCUCAAUCAUGGGCGCCC